CUCAAACUACCUGGAAUGCAGAUCAAUCGCAACGACAGUUUGACUGCCUCGAGAAACACCCGCGAUAUAGAAGUCCUGGUGAGCCUAGAUUACGAGCCUGCUAUUCGGCAUUGAAGGCUUAGCCCGAAGCUUCCUACUAAGAAUGGCGGAAGAGAUCAACAUCACCGUCGAGUUCACAGGCGGGUUGGAAAUGCUUUUCGACAAUGUGACAAAGCACGCUCUAUCGUUGUCGAAAGAUGCAGAUAAUGGAAACCCUCCCACCGUGGGCUAUCUGGUCCGCUACAUAUGCGACCACCUCAUGAAAGAUUCCCGAAUGGAACUCUUUGUUCUGGACGGUGCAGUCCGCCCGGGCAUUCUAGUCCUGAUCAACGAUUCCGAUUGGGAACUUGAAGGAGAAGAUAAAUAUGAGGUCGUCAACAACGACAAUAUUCUGUUUGUGUCUACAUUGCAUGGUGGCUGAAAUGGCGCUCAGCUCUUCCGUCCCGACAUGACACCCUCGUCGCACAUCACACAUCUCUCGUCAAUCUCAAGCUUCAGCAAGCCACCAUCGAACAGCUUAUCAUACAACAUCAUGCAUCCUGACUGCCAAGUUCUCAGAAUCUUCUGGCGUCUUUGAACCCGACGUUUGAGGCUCUGGCGUCCCAGGGCCUCGGCUGAUACCUAUGCGGGGACUUGCAAUGCCGCUUCCCAGGCCAGGAACCGGAGUGGCGAAGCCGCUUGGUGGGGCUGGUGCCUUUAUUCCUUCUGGUGAUGCAGGGAUAAUCUCUGGGGGCAGGUCAGGUAUUUUGAUGCGUUUCGCUUCGUUGUUAUAGCUGGCAGGGAUGAUCUCAACAACAGUCAGUAAGGGAAAUUCCUCUCCAGCAAGAUACACACCUCGAUGAUCUCGUCCCGGGGGAAAGAGAGGAAAGGAAUGUCAGCCGCAUUGCAGGCCAUCAGAUAACCAUAGAGCACACGGAGGACACUCUCGUGAGCAAUGAUAAGCA